AAUACUAUAUAAAAAUAUUAAUGGACUUUGUAGCAGGCCGUGUGAAACGCCCUUUAGACGUGUUUGGCUUUAUGCUGUGCUGCGCUGUCUGAUCAACGCGUCUGACAUAAAGUAUCGCGAGAGCAAUUCAAAAGUUGUGAUCUCGCGGUACUUUUUUGUCAUAUGCCGAUCAGACUGCCAAACUAAUCUGCUGACGGGUACUUUAAUUUAAAAAUAAAAAUAAAAUAGAGUUUUAAACGUCGCCUAUUUAAUUACUUGUUACUUAGACCUCCAUCAUGAAAAAGGCGACUUCCGUCGACCUGGAUAAAAUUAUUACAGAUUUCAUCCAGCUGGAACAUAAAAUAAUCGAGAUGAAAGGGGGAAAUACUAAACUUGAGAUACAGCUGGACGAGACUAGCAGACUUUUAAAACUGGCCCAGAACAAGGAGAAACAGUUAAUUGAAGAGAAAGAUGGACUUUUAGAAACUGUCAAAGUUCUUCAGCAAACCGUACAACAACAGUGCGACCUCAGAGUUGAAAAUCAGAAACUGAAGAGUGCAGCUCUUCAGAUGAAGAAAGAAAAUGAAGUCAAACUAGAGGAAAACAAGGCUCAUGUUCAGAGACUGGAAGCUGAGAUGCGAGCUUUGAAAAAUCAACACCAGAGGGAGUUAGCCGACUUUGCAAAAGAAACACAGAGGAGACUGGAAGCUAAAGAUGCCGAAAUGAAAGUUGCUCUUGAGAAAAACAGAUGUGCUUUGGAGCAGAUGAGGACGCAGAUCAGGGAAAAAGAGACAGAAAAGCAAAGUCAAAUCAUUAAACUUCAAAUGGAGUUUGGUGCUAAGCUUGCGAGGGCCCAGAGCAUGACAGUAAAGAAUCAGACACAUACACAAGCAUCCAGCCCUCUCCCACAAAACAUCUUUAAAAGAAAGCUCCAGUUCAUUCAGGAGGAGAAAAACAAAGAGAUUGAGGCCCUGCGUCAGAGGGUGCGAGAACUGGAACAGCAGAGCCUCCAUGGGGUGAUAGGCUCUCAUCAGAAGAGAAGGAAAAACUAAUUUGUUUGGAUCUGCCCAUUGUGACAUGUUAUGGGCC